GGAGAGUAGCGCUCACCUCAGAGCAGAGCAGGGUCCCAGCAGCCGAGCCCAGGAGCAGAAAGAGAGAGAGAGAGAGAGAAAGAGAGAGGAGGAAAAGUUGACCAAAUGGAGUUUUUUACAGGAGUCAGACCCCUAUUAUUUUCAUAUGUUCUCAUUAAUGGUAUACUAAUAACUCUGCAGACUAAAGAAGGUGAGUGCCAUUGUUCAAUUUAUUCUCUAAAACUUUUCCGUGUGUCUGUUAAAGUUGAAGUAAAGCACGCAUGCCAUGCGGGGAGCCUCCUUGACGAAACUUUUAAACCAGGAAUCAAACUUUCAAAAGUUACUCUUUAACAGCUUGAAUUUGCACUUAGAUGUUUGUUUCUCAAGUUUUGAUGCAUGCAUUUGCUUUUUGAAUGGAAAUUUUAUUAAGUCAAAUCUGGAAAGUUCUGGAUUUUGGUCUGCAUGUGCGCAGAUACACUUUGUCACUCCAGCAGGUGAAUUCUGGAGAUUUUUUUUUUUUUACAGAGUUUAAUUUUCAUGAAAUUCAAAAAGACCAUCUGUUGUUGCCUAUUCCAAAUCCUGUUUUAAAAUACGCAAUGUUUUCAAACAUUCAUACACUGUAGUAUUAUAUUGUGGCACUCACUUUGUGCGAUAAAACUAAGCAAGUAAAGAUUCUGCAGUCAGUUUGGACCAUCUUUUUGUGUGGUCUAAAACUUCUGUGUUUCGUUAAGUACGCAAUCACAACACUAAAGCUAAUAUGAAAGAGUGUUUUUUGUGAUUUUCCUCUUUCCUAAGAGGAUUAUAUGUGUGAUAUUAGAAUGAAACUGUGAAUUUUGAGUGCGUUUAUCAAUCUAAUCUCAUUUACUGAUGGUCUUCUAUUCUCCACAGAGGUGCUUUUGGAUAUGAGGGCAACAGGAGGUGAACUGGGCUGGUUGACAUGGCCUUUAGACCAGGGAGACAGACCUGGGGUGAGUAGCGCUUCUGCUUCUUCUCUCGCUCCCACGUUGCUGCUUGGAAUUUGCCUUAGGAUAAAUCUGCAUGGAAGAAAAUGCACAGGAAGGACCCUCACUUAACCAAGAACCUCUUUGUGCACAGAAAUAUUUGACCGUUUGACUUGUGUGGUUAGCUGCUCAGUGUUUGUAUAUGUCAGGUUUCUAUAAAAUCUGGCACUUAUGAAUCUGCACAGGAGUCGUAUUAGGAGUUGCUUGCAGAGCAUGUCUGAGCUACACCAAAGCGUAGGCAGACAGAAUAGCUGCUAGCUCUCAACUGGGAAUACUUGUGGCUUCUUGCGGUUUUAAGGCUUCAGCUCCAGAAUUGUAUGUUAGAGAGCAAUUAAGUUUUAGUGAAGUUUGCAGCAUGUGGUACCUCUUUUGAGAGGGGGAGGGGUUUUCAGAGCCAAUCACUCAGAGCUACCUUUUCCAUAAAAAGCGCUUAAACGCUUACAUUAAGAGAAGUCUCCAGGAAUUAGUUUCAUUGCUGCGCCCAAAUCCUGUGGUUAUCUCCUUCCCAUGUUACAGGAGGUAUCUGUUCCUUCUUCUAUCAUGAGGUUUCAGAGUAAUUCUCCAGUCAAGCUCAUGCAAAUUCUCUGUAAAUAGCUGCAUUUCAUGUGCUGAUGACUCAAAGGCAUGUGCAGGCGUGCUCCUCACAGUGGCUCACCCAACUUUUCUUAAGUUUCACUCCGUAAAUAAUCACACCAGUUCCCCCUCUUGCACUAAUAAGCAUCAGGUGCUCCCUCUUUUUUUCUAUUGGAAACUUGUUUUAUUGUGCCCACUUUCCCAUGUUACUACCAUCGCUCAUAAUAAUUAUUAUUCCAGGUUUUAAAGGCCGCUUAUAAAAAAUGCUCACCAGCUGUUUAAUAGAGGUGUCGGUUCUGCUGUUAGACAUCAAGUUUACACACAGAGCCACACACUCAGCCAACAAAGCACAUUCCUUUAAUUAAUAGCACAGUGGCUACACACAGAGAGCAAACCGCAGGCUCUGCCCCUGUGGAGGCCAGUUGUUCCUCAAGAGCCCAUGUUAAAACAUGCUGUCCAUUUCUUCAAAAAUACUUGUGGCCGAAUUUAGUAUGCGAGCUGAGAAAUUGAGAGAGAUGUCAGCAGUUGCAACAGCCUGUGAAAGACUGAAUUUGAAAUAAUUUGGUAUCUGAAAUGUUGGAAAUUCUUUCACACACUGAGGCUUUGAGGUUUUGCUGGCUCCGAGAGAGAAGUUCUCAGUGAUGCAGAAAUGUCAAACAACUAGGGAGGAUAGCUGAAAUGGGAAUAUUUAGGGAUAUAGCAAACAGAUUCGGAAGUAAAAUGCUCCCUUGCUCACCCCUUCUGCCAAGGACAGAAGGUUGCCUUGUGUUGCACGGCAUGUAUGAUCCUCAUUGGUCAAUCAGUCAAUCAAUCAAUCAAGUUAUAUAUAAAGCACUUUUCAUACAUAGACUGUAUCACAAAGUGCUGUACAUUAAAGAACACAAGAAGGAGAGGAUCAGGGGAUACGAAAUAAAAUACAAAUUGCAAAACCCCACCCACCCACAUUUAACAGAGAUCCCACCACCCACCCACACACUCUCUCACAACCACUGGGACACCAAGUCAGGGCUCAACAGGAAGCCACAGAGGACCAAGGAAACGCUAUCUUAAACUAAAAUGGGGAAACACUGGAGCUGAAGCUAAACUGAUAAAACCAUGACAAGAUAUAGGAAACUCAUAAAAUGAUAACUAAUGAUAAUAAUAAUAAUAAUAAUAAUAAUAAUACAACUUUUUAAAUCGAACAAUAAAAGAAAAUAAACAAAUAUUGUUAAAACAUAAAAUAAUAAUUCUGGGACUGAAGUGGAGUAAAUAAGAUGGUCAAUUAUUUACCAUCAAAAAUUACAUUUGGACUCAAAAACCCCUCUCCUUCCUUCUUUUGCAACUGUUGCAUUUUACAAAUAGAAAGAAAAAAACAUGUAUGUUACUAGUUUGUCUGCUAAGUGCUCCUGUGGAAACAUGGUGGUGGACAAUGUUGCUCCUAUUUAGAAAUAAAAGAGAGAAUGUUAUAUUCCAUUUCUAUCUAUUCUGCUCUACAAUGUUAAAUAAUUAAAUAAUACACACUUUACCUUUAAGAGGAGAUAAAAAGCAACAUAUAGAGCCACGGGUUUUCCCCCCUAAACAUACUGUUUUUGUAUCCAGGUUCAGGUUACAGGAGUUAAACCAUCAUAUGAAAUGUUUGGCACUAUACAUUUCUGCCCCCCCUCUGCCUUGGUUUAGCUAUAUGCGUUGGGGGUUCCCCAGGGGUCUAUGCUCCUAACCUUGUUUUUUUGUGUGGUUUUGUUUCAGUGGGAGGUCGUCCAGAAGACUCUGAAUGGCUCUCAGUUCUACUCCUACUCCGUCUGCAAUGUUGGGGAGCCCGAUCAAGACAACUGGCUGCGUACCACCUUCAUCCAGCGACGUCCAGCUGCAUCUCGGGUUUUUGUUGAACUUGAGUUCAUCGUACGGGACUGCAACUCUUUUGAUGCCACCUCGCUGACCUGCAAAGAAACAUUUAACCUCUUCACGUCAGAGUCAGAUGCAGAUGUGGGCACUACCUUCCGUAAGGGUCAGUUCAAGAAAGUGGCCACCAUUGCACCUGAUGAAAUCACCAGCAAGAACGAGCUCCACAUCAAUAAGGAGACACGCGUGGUGGAGAACCUGUCCAGGAAAGGUUUUUACUUGGCUUUCCAAGACAUCGGGGCCUGUGUUGCUCUACUCUCUCUCAGGGUCUACUACAAAAUUUGCCCGGCCACAGUGAAGAGCUUGGCGUCCUUCCCUGAGACUGUGGCUGGAGGUGAGAAUCAGGCUCUGAGGGAAGUUAGCGGUGUGUGCGUGGAGAACGCCAUCAUCGAGGACUUGCCUCGCAUUUACUGCACCGUGGAUGGAGAAUGGGUGGUACCGGUCGGACAGUGCCAGUGCAAACCAGGCUAUGAAGAGGUUAAAGAUACAUGUCAAGGUAAGGGUGUGCUCUUGAAUUUUUGCUUGUUUCAAAGGUCACUUUGCUCCCAGGCAAAUCACCUCUUCUAGGUGGAAACGCAGGAAACAGUUCCCACGAGACUGAGUUCAAAACACACCAUUCGGCAUUACUCAGCAUUUACCUCCAUUUUAAUUACCACUGGUUGUAAAACAAGUCCAUAUGGUAGACGGCAGAUAUUUAGAAUAGGUGUUAUUAUCAUUGUUCAGAGGAAUUCUCCCUUUGGCUAACACGACUCCUCUGCAAUGGAAGGAAUGCUCAGACCUUCUUGUACAAGUCUCGGCAUCAUCCCUGACCUUGGAGCGAUACCUAUAAAAUUAGGAAAUGCUCUUUUGAGUUUCAGAUGUAAUUUGAAGGUGAGCAGUUUCAUGGAGAGGUUUGAACAAGCUUUGAUCAAUAGCUUUUCUUUUAUAAUGAGUCACUCUUUCAGUCCUUGAGGCUGAAGAUGAGUAGUGAGAAGAGUAUUUAGAACUGAACUGAAAGUGCAAAAAAGUCUAAAAUCUGGAUUUAAACAUUGCUAUCAGGAUGGGAGAGAAAUGUUCUACUUGUUUUUUUUUCAACAUUGUUACAAACUCAAAGUGAUUGCUGGAUUGAAGGCCACAUUUUCAAGAAGCUGCUGAAUGAACCCUUCACACAGUUUUUUACUUGCAGCCUGUUGCGUCAGGUGAUUUCCUGAAACCUCAUUAUCGUCAGCUCGCUUAUCUGGAUUCAGCUCUGAAACCUCGUCCAACAAAAACUCAGGCCUUUGACUUUGUAGCUACAGAGCAGUUUUGUUUCAAGUCCUUUAAAGAGAGCUUUUAUUGUUGUGGGAUGGGCUGUCAGAGUGACUGAAAGUGAUCAAAGAAGCCUGAGGGCUACUGUACUGUGAUGGAUUAGCAUCUUCAAGGCUGGCGGGGGGGCCAGAGGAGGGGUAUUGACUUUGUUCAUCUUAAGCAUCACAGAAAAAGAGGCCCUCCUGUUGUGCACAGGCAUGCUGAAUACAUGUUCCUCAGUCAGUCUCUGCAUCCAUCUCUCCCUCUUACCCCCCUUGUUUAUGAAUCACCUGAGCUUCAGCUUUGGGGUGUACCAUGUCACCCCGGCAGUGUGUGUGUGUGAACGCACAACACAGGCUGGCAUGCAGGGGCCUGUUGAAAUCUGCUUCAUGACAAACCCCCUCAGACUUCCACUAGACCUGAUCACUCCACAUUGACUUUUUCUUAGUCUCUUUUAAACACUCGUAGAUUUGCAUACCUUUAAAGCCACUGGAAACCCUGAACCACAACAGCUUUAAACUAUGCAGUACUCUGGGGUGUUAUGUCUACUAUAGCUACUGUCUGAAAGGUCUCAGAAAAAAGUAUUUAAAGUUAAAGUUUAGGUAUCUGUGAACUCUCCUGAUACUGGAUUAGAAUUGGGCGAGGUUUCACUCCGUGAUUCCUCAAUCAAAUCGCCCAAUCAUGCAGGAGUUAUCUGGCUGUUGUCAUCCAUCAUCUUACAACAAAUGAAGGAUGGCUCAUGUUAAUUACUUAUGGCAGGAGUACAUGGUCUAUGAGAUAUUUAGCAUUCCUGACAUAGAUUUGAGAUCAGAUCAAGGUGGCUUAGCUAACACGGCAAAUGUGCCCUAAAGCUAACCGAUAACUCACCACUCAUUUAAAUUAAUGUUCUUACGUUUAACGUUUUUUUUUUGUCAAAGUUGGACCAACAUACUUUGAUCUGAACACCUCUAUCAGCUCAAAACUGGACUAGGCACUCUGGUCAACCUGACAUACUUUUGCUGAUAGGUGGACCUCACCUGGUACCUGUCUACUUAGUCAGUAGUCAAAUUAAAUAGUCUAACUAAACCAUAACAAAAGCUUGAUUUGAAUUCGUAUGUUAACAGACUUUCUGAUUGUGCACUGUAACUGCACAUCUAAUAAAAGAUAAUGGCUCAUCACUUAAGGGAUAAUCAAAAAUGUGAUUUGACGCACCUCCACAGCUUUGGCAGAGGGUCUUAACCUCCACUUUUCUUUUUCUAUCUUUAUUCAUGCCAAGAGUCUCCUCUUGAUUCCAUGAAACAAUUAUCCCAUCAUUGCUUGUAUGAGGAGUUCUGAGCUAUCAAUGAAACUGACUGAAACUUAACAAAAUACCAGAGCAGUCAAGACCAAAGGCCACAGGACUGACUGUCUUUAUUCUGUGAUUUGUAAAGUCUUAAAUGUCUGCUACAGGGAAGGAAGAAGAAAAAAGAUUAACAGAAGAAACAGUCUUUUCUUUUUUGUGUGUCUGCAGUCAAGUUUAACUGUGAGAGAUGUGUUUAAGUUUUGUAAGGACGCAGGGUGAGAUUUUUCUUACGAUUACUCAUUUCUUAACAAGACAAGAUCAGCAAAGGUGUAAAUUUUGUCCACAGGGAGCGCCAAAAAUCAGCAGGAGCUUUUAAGUCAAAAUUUCAGAGGCUGUAAAAACACGAUGGAGCGCCCGCGCGCACACACACACACACACGCACGCACGCACGCACGCACGCAUGCACGCACGCACACACACACACCUCGGAGUAAAGUAGCAAAUCCACAAUGUGUGCAGCCUGCUCUAUAAUAGAUUACCUUCCCUCUGAGUUUUUCCUCCCAUUUGCAACAGAGCGAUAAGAGCGAUGAAGUUUUCUGUCAGUACAUCAUUUUUUGCUGCAGGAAAGUGCCAGGUAAGAUGAUUAGGCAGGAGGUGGAGGAGGAGGAGGAGGUGAGGCAGGAAGGAAUGAAAGAGGAGUGAUACAAAAGCGACAGAGAGGGUUGUGUUUAGCGGAGGGGUGUGAUUUUAAAACAGAGAGAGGUGAGGAAUGGAAUGUAAAGGUAAGAGAACAAUGAAGCACUGUGUCCCCCCCCAGAGGAGGAGCCCACCUCCACCUCCACCUCUGCCAGCUCCUCUUCCCUCUUGGUUGGUACAUUCCUGAUCAGUUUGCUGAGGAGGAGCCUCCCUACAUUACUCCAGACCUGAGGAAUUCCCAUGGGGGGAAGAACAGCUCCGGGUCAGGGCCUCACAUAAAAACGACUAAACAAAGCCGUCAGAAAAACCAGCGAGAUGAAGUCAAAUGAGAGGUCAGGAGACGCAUGAGGGCAGUUGUUGAUGAAGGUGGAAAUGAAUCACAGGGUCACGGCAGUGCAGGCCGAGAUGAAUGGUUGAACGAGCUUAAAGAGGAAUCUCGUUCAGACACACAGUUAAUCAUCCUCCCUACUUCUUCCAUGUGCUGCGUCUGUCCGUGGAGAAACCACUAAACUUCAACUGCGGUGUUUUUUCUUACUUACGCUGAGACUUUCCAUGUUCACUGAUGUGUUCGCUCACUUUUACGACUCCUCCGCCCUGUGGGACCUGUUAACAUUGAAAUUUGUGACGAUCUGGUUUUCGUCACUGUCUCCUCAUCAGCACUCUUUGGCUUUAUGACCGUCCCUACGUCAAACUUUAUUUCUAGGUGCUUUUUCUGCUCCAGCUCCAGAGCUGAGGUUUCAGUAGGUGGUGUAUGGAGCAUUUCUCUCUAUGGCCGUCAUUGCUCUUUUUAACAUUAGAGUCCAUCUUUUUCACAAACAAGCUCUAAAGAUAAAACGCGUGGCUUCCUGUGCCGCAGAAACCUACCACAGCCUCUAGAGCGGUAAAUGUAAAAGCUUUUAUGAACCGGUUGUAAAUCAUAUCAGUCAGCUGUGGUGAGGCACAGAACGGGCUUUUGUUUUUCAUGGACGCGCCACAGGCUACAAUAAAAGAGAAUUAUUUUAGCUCUCAAACCCAUAAACCUCACAUACAAAGGGCUUUGGACCCAGAGUGAGUAGGGUUCAUGCUGCUCUCAGGGUUAAUGUUGAUUACCAGGAUCAUGUGGAAGAAUGUCACAUUCAUUACUCUUUGUUUAUACUGCGCUGAGGUUUUGUAUAUGUGUUUAAUCUCCUCCCGCUUAUUCAUAAAUGCCUCACCAGCUCCUGCAGCACUACAACAUAUUUUAGUAAAGAAAUUGUGUCAAUAUUUCCAAGCAGGAAGGAAUUAUCCACAUUAUUUACUUGAGUAAUGUGUUAACCCUUGUGUGGUUUUCAUGUUUUUGUUACUGAGCAAAUGUUUGUGGGUCAAGUGGGCCCACUCCAUUAUUGGGAUUUAAAUCAAUUAGGGCUUAAAUGAUACCUCAAAUAUUUUGAGUACAUAAUUUUAUUUGUUGUUAUAAUACCAAUGUCAUACCAGAGAUCCCCAUGAGUCAUAAAAAAAUAGCCUAGUUUUUUUUAUUACUUUGUGAAGCUAGCACAAGUAGCAGUCUGUCAGUCAGUGAGCUGAAAAUGUACUUUAAACUCAACCCUGAUCACUGAGUCUAGACUAAUGUGGAUAGAUCCCACUGCUCCUCCUUCUGUUCUGUUAUGCAGGGCUGUGUCUUGACUUUUUGACUUGGGCGGCACAACCAGAGCCCUGACAUAAACAGGGGUGGCCGGGGUACAUAUAUGCACACACAGAUUAUCAACAUUUACCCACUCUGACUCCACUACCUCCUAUAAUUACAAGUAAAUGUGGAACAGCCAGUCUUACUAGCUUGAGGCACAUUAUUAAGGCCUGAGUUAAAUAGGGAUGCACCGAUCCAAUAUUUUCCCAUACGAGCCAAUCUUGAUUCUUAAAUUUGAGUAUCUGCCAAUACCAAUACUAUUCCGAUACCAGAGCUCUGUUAGCUUUACCAUCAUUAUCAUCAUUAAUGUAUAUUUUAAAACGAGGCUGUAAUAAACUUCUCUCUACAGGCAACUUUGUCAACAAAUGAUUUCCUGAGAGGAGACGUGUCUCAUCUCUGUGUUUCAUUGAGACACACCUCCAAUGGAAAUCCAUUGUGCAGUUUGCAGCCAGCUAGCGGACUGACUGGCAAGACUCACUUGUACAGUAAUUUCAGCAGACAAAGUUAAAGCAAAGACAUGACUUAUGGAUGGGAAAUUUCAGCAGGUUGGAUAGGAUUUUCCCAAUUCAUGAAUUACGUUGGUAUCGCAACCCGGUACCGAUACUGGAUCAGAUCGGCCCCCAAGAGUUAAAUAAUCCUUUUGAUACCACAGCAGGGAACGUUGCAUUGUUGCAGCAGUAACAGCAAAAAUACAUGGUUUCUUAUUAGAUUAAUGUUUUAAUCAACAGCAUAAUCAAUAAAACACUAAAUCAAUAAAACAAAAUAUUUUAUUACAGCAGCCAUUAAAUUUAUACACCUUUAUUACGUUGUAAAAACAUACUUUAUGGAUGUUUAGUUUGCCUCUGUUAAAGGCAGUAUAGACACUAUCUAUGCUUCUACAAUAUUGGCAUAUGCAAAGCCUCUAUUGUCUUUAUGUUUAAUUCAUUUUUAAUUAGUUGUUUAUUCUAGAGGGAUGAUUAGUUAGUGGCUAACUGUGGUAUCCUGUUCCAGAUUCGCAGGAAAGAUGAUGAACAACAAUAGAAAAUUGUACAAAAAUCACACAACAGUUGCUUCAAACCUACACUAAUAUCUGUUCUGGGAUCUGUGAUGUUAUGUACUCAAGUUAAAUAUGUGGCUACAAGAGAGGAGAUACUGGUGUAAUGUUUUGGUCCAAUGUUUUGUGAUAAUUUUUACCAAUAUUUGAACUCUAUAGGGAAAAACCUUCAUCUGAACUGUGUAUGAUCACAAAGCACAAUUGCAUGGGAAAGUGCAUCUUCCUUCAAACUGCAUCUAGGGCACAGCAGUAGAGUAAAUAUAGGUAUUUUUCCAUGUCAGAUAUUUGUUAACAAAAAUACAUGAUUGAAAAAACUAGGUGGAGGGAGCUCUCAGUGUGUGGACAGAAAGCUUUUUCCUCUCAGCACCUGCUUUAUGUCGGGAUUUUGUUCCUUCAAGCUCCUUAAUGUAAAAAUAAACAAUACUAAUUUUGAAUUCUGGAGGGAGAAAAAUCAGAUUUUUGUGUACAGCUAAGAGGUUGGCUUUAAAACAACAACAUCUCUUUGGGUUUCCACUCGUGACUCACUGUUGACACUGACACAGUUUUCCUCCGGUUCCCAAUCACGCCCUUCCUUACCCAUAAUCCUCCCCUGCACAAUAGCAUGGCAUACCAUGUGUCACCCCACAAAGGACCAGGGGCUGUUCUGGCUGGUCCUUAGGUUUGUGUUUAACUGUCCGGGCCCACACCUCAUCAGCCGCUCUAAUUCUUCUACAAAUACGGCCUAAUCCCAAAUCGUGGUUUCCACAAGUCUGUGUUUGAAAAAGGAGACACAAUGUGGAGAAUCUGAAAUGCUGAGGGCAGUUUGGGCGUCUUGGUGGAACAACUGUCCACUGAGGAGUUCCAGUAAAGACAUUUUUCCUCUCGCCAGAGCGAUUCCAGUAAACUGUUUCCUCUCUGCCCUCCUCCUCCUCCUCUCUGUCCGUGUCUCCAAACUCAUCCUCAGCUGAUUUAACAAACAGUUGGUGACUAAGUCAUAGCUGUAUAACUGCAGGCUGUGGUGAGUGAUUUGUACGGGUAGUAAUUGACUUGGGUGUGUUUGAGCUUUUUAAGUGAAGUAACUACAGGUUGUGCCUUGCUUUUUCUGCUUUUUUGUCGCUGUUUUAGCCUUCCUUUAUUUCUCCCUCUCAGCCCUCCUGUCCCUUAAGACUGUCUAUUUUAAUCUCAAUUUUCCGCCUCUCAUUUUCUAUUUAUUUGAUUCUUUCUUAUCUCAACGCAGAGCUCCAAGCUCUUGUCUUCAUGCAAACACCUCAAAUGAAGUGAAAUGCGCCUUGAUGCUCAGGCUGUCCAAGUACAACAAACUGACAAACAAACAGUUGUGUUGUUGUCUUGUUGUCCGUGAAAUCAAAUUGAGACUGUUUUUCUUGGCUGGUGCGCGGGUCAUGAAUAUGACACCAACAGAGUUUAAACAUCCCGUUUCACACGGCCCUGAUGGGAUUAUUUAGACUGAGUGGAGUUCUCCUCUCUCUGCGCAGUAAAUACAUUUGUCUAAGACUGACUUGUGAAGAUAAAUAGAGGCUAAAUGUGAACAAUGCUGCUGGUUGUUUGAGAGUUAAAGCAGAAGGAAACAAAAAAAAAACCCUGGUUCACAGAGUAGUUAAAGCAUAAACAUUUAGUGGAGGUGAAAUGUAAACUCCACAUGCCAGUUGCUGCUUUUCUUUCAUAUUAGAAGUCAGGAUUUAGGUUUGGAAAAUACCCCACAGAGAGCAGGAUGUCAAAAAUGUUGAGGCUUUUGAUCUGUUUGUACCUGAAGCAAACUGCUUAAUCAAAACCACCCUGAAUCUUUUAAGACCAAACUGUUGUGCAAUUUCAUCCUGUCUGAAGGCGAAUAUACAAAAAAACAUGAGCACAGCACCACACCUCAGUUUGUCAGUGUUCUGAUUUAGUGGGCUUACACUGGAUUUCAGCUAAUGAAAUCAUCUCACUCCGGCAGGAUAAUCCCCGCACCAAGUAUCCUCCGCUCCUGAUCCCUAAAGCCCGUCUGAAGGAAAAAAAAGAGGAAAAAAAAGUAGCUGUAAUUCACUUAGACUUUCCAGAAAACUCAUGUAGCUGCACAGUCUGGUUAUGUCCUCUCUUUAACUCAAAAGCCACCCUGAUUACUUUGAAUUUAUGGUUCCCUCUGAUCUGGUGCCAAGGUAUCGUCUGCCUCGCGGGGCUGAACUGGAGGGAGCUGGUAAGAUAAUGGGGGGACUCUGGAGGAACUUUCAAGUGGUGUCAUGCACCGUCUUGUUUGGCAACAUUUUAAGAGAACAGUAUACUGGCAAUUAUUGUCAGCAGCUGACAGGAAAUAUAACAAAGAUGAGAUCUGGUAGCCUCUAGACUAUCGAAUGAGGAUUAGAGCAAAUUGUCCUGUUGUGGUUUCGAAGUGUGAUCUGUGUUUUGGAGCCUUUGAGGUGUUAGAAAGCCUUGAGCACACUCGGUAUCAGAUUUAUGUCAAAUAUGAUACUUUUGAGUAGACUCUGCCCUGAUAUUGUUACAACAGUGUAUUUGCUUACUUGUUAAAGCCCACUCUGAUGAAAAUCAUGUUUUUCUUGUUGUCUACAUCUUCAUAUUGCAUUUUUCUGAUGCUACAGGACAUAUCAUGAGAAAACCAAGUGUGAAAAUUGCAUUCCUGAGUAUUUUUCUGCAUUUUGCUGUGAAUCUCUGGCAGACCGCAACGGCAAGCUCAGAUAUAGUGAAAUUUCCUAUGUAGCAAAUCCAUGGUCCACCCCCAGAGCCCCACUAUGCAGGCCAGUCUUGGAAAAGUAGAGGGGACGAUCAUGGAACAAGCCAGUGCGUUCAAGGAUUAUGAUGCUAAGUAUGAUAUUAACUUUCAUCAUGUCCCUAAAGACAUUCCUAAUGAGCUACUGGGGCUCUGCAGAAGAAAAGCCCUUGAAAAUGACACAGGUAACGUGAUUUUGGCUAAAAACUUCAUAAUUACAAUGAAAAGACCACUGAGAACACUUAAGUAUUAAAAAAAAAAAAAGAUCGGAGUGGGACUUUAAAUGUGAAAACAGAGGGUGACCAUGGGAGCACAGAGUCUGGCAAACGUUAGCAGAGCUAGCACCCUCAGCCUUCAGUCCUCCUUGCACAUUAACGUCCACACGUUUGCACCGGUGUUUGCUUUGACACAGCCAACACACAACUUUAUCACCAUUUUAUAGACAAAUUACUGCCAAACCACAGAACUACAAGAGUCUGUCUGUCAUCUAUGCUAAUUUAUAUCCAGGUAGUGCAACACUGUGGCUUUAUGGCUCUUGCCUUGAACUGGAGAUACAGGCCUGGGAAACGACAGUUGCACUACAUUUUAGACGGAACACAUGACCUGUAUUUCAGGCUUACAAUAAUAAAAAUAUUAAUAAAUCAUUUGACUGACUCAUAAUUCUGGUGCCAACAGGUGAGGUUAGUUAUACUACAAUAUAAAGUUGACUAAUUGUGCACAUCCCUGUCUAAUGAUGCACUGGGUAAAAAAAAUUAAAGCCUCUUUCUCGUGUGAACUCCUGAUAUUUUUUUGCACAAUUUUAGGACAUUAAGACCCUUUUUACGGGAAGUUGCCUUUCACACAGCAGCAGGUUAGAUGGAUGAGAAGGUGCAGUUGGGUAGCAUGUGCUGGAAAAGGGAAAAAAAAAAAAACUAUUUCAACUCUAUUUCAAUCACCACUAUACUAUGCAUUUCCUCAACUCCAACGAGGCAGAGGAAACAUAAUACUGCUAACUUAAAUGAGCAGUAGAUCGGGCAAAUCGAGGAAACUUUGCUCGACAUUCACAAUGUUAUUUCUUUAGCGAUGAAUGUUCCUGACUUUAUCUGCUGCAUGACACAUCUGCAUGACUCACUCCUACUUCUUGCAAAAUCUCUCUAAAGCUGGGAUGAAAAAAGUCUGUAGGUUCAUGUUCACACAUGCAGUACAUUCAGGUAAGGUGGGAAGUUUCUCAAAGUUUGAAGCAUGUGUGAAAGAGUCUAAAAAGGUGCUCACACUGCAAGGUUUUAUGUUGAUAUACACUCAGGGCUCCCUUCAGCAUUUUCUAUUACAUGUGUUGUUACAUGUGCUUGGUAUGGAAAUGACACCAAUUGGAGGAGCUUUAUUUUUUGUUUAAAGCACAUGUGACUAUUUUUUAAAAACUCCAGGACGAUGUUUAAAUGCAAAUUUAGUAUCUAAACAUCUGCAAUUAGUCAAAUAACCAGGCCUCAGCAUUUCUUGGCUUUUUUAGAGUGUGUUUUGGUUUUGGUCAGGAAGUUGGGACAUUUUUCCUCUUUGUGACAUUCCUGAGCCUUGAGGCUGUGUGUGUGUGUUUGUGUGUGUGUUGUGUUGUGUUGUGUUGGGGGAGUCCAAAGCAAUGUGAAGCACAUUGUAUUGUACUUCUGGUGUGUGAGGUCAGCACUUUCCUUCCCCCCCAUGUCAGUCAGUUUGCACCCCACCUCCCCCUCUCCUCUCACCCCCAACACAGCACAACACCCACCCACCCUCCACGGCUAACAGGACAAGCCCACAGCGGAAACCGGAGGUCACCUAAUCCCUGGGUGACUCCCCGACCCGUUGGCUCAGGGCUUUCCAUUGUCGCUCGGUGCUGAGCGACCUCGCUCAGCCACUUUCCAUUUUGUUGUCCUGCCUGAUAAGUCUUUUUGUUUAUGGGUGCAUUUGGUCCCUUUUUGGCCUCUUCCCCCCGUCCAGGAAGCAGACGGCUGUCGGCAUGCAGUGUGUGACAUGUCAACCUAGGCGCUGUGUAGUAAAAUAGUGUUGUCUUUGCCACCUGGCUGUCUGGGUUUCACCAGGAACAUGGUGAAAUGCAUCCAGACGAGUGAGAUCCCACUGAGAUGUCUCAGAGCUGUGACCUCCAUGUCACCCAGUGUUGGUUUCAAGUCAUCUAGAUUUCUUUAGACCAUGUUAAAUCAGGUUUUAGCCUCCUUGGCUCCACUUUUGGCCCUCUGUAUCACUCCCUGUAUCGGUGAGCCUGAGUGGACAGAGCGAGUGAGAGGAGAAAGGGGAUCAGGGAAUUUAUUGUGUUUGUUAACAACCCCAGAUGAAAGCCUGAGUGCAAUUGUAAAACAGAUGUAAUGCCCUUACAGCUGCUCCAUUGGCCAGCUAAUCCUUUUGACUAAUGCCCCCCUUCACACACAUGCACACACUUCUGACAGACCCUACACCUUUACUGCUCCCCCUCUCCCCCACCACUCCGCCACCUCAGUGACCCCUGGCUCAUGUUACUGCUCACCUCCCCCAUCAGAGAGCCUCAUUGUUAAACCACAACCUGACUCCCCCAAAAUGCUAAUGACAUGUUGUCACCCUGCAUACAAACAAUAUGACAUGACAUAUUGCAAUUAGGGGGCUGACUGACUGAGUGAAAAAAGGGGGUUUGGGAGGAUAGGUGAGGUAGAUGAGGCGGACAAAGAGCGGACUCGUGUUAGGGAAGCUGAUAAAGAAUUGGACGUUGAGUUUAUUUAAUGAUGGAUUUAUUUUUUCAGCAUGUUUUUUUGUUCCCUGGCCAUACUUCUGAAUUUAACCUCCACAGUCUGCUGCUGUAACUCUCCCUCCUCCUCCUCCUCCUCUUCACUGCGAGCAUAUGUUUGUUUUACUUGGCCACUGACUCCCUGUAAGCCAUGCACAGUUUAACUCACAUUUACCCUCAGGCAGACAUGACCUUUCCGCCGUUUUAAAAAGCCCAGCGCCGGACCCGAUUGUGGGGGCCCCCCUACCACUUACUCCUCCAGUCCUGAGGGCGAUUUGUGUUGUCAAGCCACCAUGUUACCCCAUUCAUCCAUCUAUCCCACCAUGCAUUCAUCACUGUCGCCAUCUCAUCCAUCUUAACUUUUGCCGACAAACCCAGGGGGGGUCCUUAGGGGGCUCCCACUCCAGAGCCACUCGGGCUCCCAGAAUAUAACAGGCCCCUGCACUCAGUAUCAAUAAACAAACACAGAGCACUCAAGGCACACAGGGCCUCUCAAAUGACAAACAGUUUCUUACUCUGAGGAAGAAGAAAGGAGGACGAGAUGGCUGAUCCGCAACCGACCCAAAAAGUCUGGAUCCUGAAAAAUGUUGAUAAAAUAGAUAUUGAUGCAAAUCAUAUGAACCUUAUAAGUGACUGAAAAAGACAAAAAAAAUUAGAUGUAGAAGUGAAAUGUGACUUAAUAAAAAAUAUGUGCAUUACUAGCAUGUUUCAAAAAUAUGUGAGGGAUGAUCAAAUAUUUGAAAAGGUUGUGUCAUGGUUAGGAAAUACCUUUUAGAAGGUGUUCGAUUCUAAAUGCUUUUUAAAAUUGUGCCAUGCAAAAUAUAUAAACAUGAUCCAGAAGUGUCCAUGACUUCUCUGAGCCUAAUCCUACUUUAGAUGGAAAAGUGGAAAACUGUCUGUAGACUGACAUAAGGAAGUCUGACAUUCUUCUGUAAAUCAUGGACUCUGUGUCCUUUGCUCUGAAGAGAAUAGGGGUGACAUGUCUUAAUGUUUGCACACACUGUCAAAGCCACCAUCCAUGAUGGUAAAGUGAUGCGUACGUGCUCAGGGCAGAGGUAGCUUACACAUCUGGGAAGGUAUCAUUAAUGUUGCAACCAUCCGAUCUGCAUUCUGCACAAGUUAUAACAGCAUGGCUCUGUAGAACGGCCUGGGUUACAAACUUGUCCGUCUGCAGUCCUGAUUGGUCAACCACUGAAAACAUGUGGUGCAUUAUGGGUUGAUUAUAAGACAAAGGAGACCCUGAACUGUUGAGCAAGUGAAAUCCUGCAUCAAGUAAGAACGUAGAAACUUCAACUUAAACUCCAGAGACUGAUCUCUCAGGCUCUUAACUUGAUCUUAUUUGAUCUCUCAAAGUCUUGUUGUUAACAGUUUACACAGUGGCCCAGCUGUUGUUGGUCAGCUGAUUGAACUCCACUAAUCCAAUCAGCAGCCGCCCUCCCUCCACUGUGCUUUUAGUACCUAUGUUCAUGUCAGGUCAACUCAUUUUGGCUUCCUUUACGGUUAUUAUUCUGUCUCAACACUCUGGUAGUCUCAGAGCUGGUUCGUCAUUUGGUCAUGCUCUGCUGUGUUUCCAUACUUUGAUUGGCUGCUCGAGGAAGGAAGGCUGCAUCAGCCUCACACUUCCUGUUUCCUGUUGUGUCCAGCAACAAUCCAAAGCGGCGCUCCACCUCCUCAGUGGAACCAAGAGAUUUCCUUUCACCGGACCCUGCUCUUUUGUCGAGGAAUCCUCCUGUUAAAUACCUCAGCACAGAGUCAUCCACUGAUUUUACCGUCACUGUGACUCAAUUGUUGAAGAUACACAAACUCUGUCACCUUUAUUACAAAGAACAGGGGUUGAAACUGGAGCUGCAGUGAGGGCGCUCUGCUCCAGGGCUCCUGUUGGGUGGUGUGCACUGGAAUGCAUCUUGAUUAUAGAGGCGGCUCACAGUGUAAGGCCAUCAUCCCCACAGUCCUGACCACGAUGCAUUGCAGCCUGCACUGUAGCGCCAAAAAGAGGCUAGUCCUCCUCUAUUCAGUUGCCAUGUGGCAUUUCGGCUAUUCCCAUCUGCAGUGCUUGUGUGUGUAUGUUUUCUCUUUCAGCACUUGAAUGGCAUGGCAUUCUGUGUGCCUGAUGGUCAGUGGUGAAUAGCAAUGUUAAUGGGUUAGCUGGGCGGCUUUUUAAGUGAAGACUGGGAGGAGAGAAAGGAGGGGAGGAAGGAAUUUGGGGAUUACGAGGAGGAGAGGUAGGGGUAUGAAUUGGGGUUUGUAGGCAGCAGCUGUUGCCCCUUCUCAAUGGAGGAGUUCGCCUGGCCUAUGUCUUUUCUUUCUCUCUUCUUUUCUUCAGGCCCCAGCAGGAUACAGUAUUCCUCUCUCUCUUUCUUUCUUUCUUCAACCUUCUGUUCCUCCACUGCACCUCUCCUCUGCCGCGCCCCAACCUCUGCCUCGUUCGCGUUAAUGAGUAGCAGUGGUUUGAGUGGAACAGCUGGCCAGAAGAGAUGCUUUCUAGAAGGGAAGAUUGAGUAACCUGCAUGCCUUUUGCAGAAACUGAUAAAUUCUUCUCAUGCUGAGUGGAUUUCUUUUCUGCCAUUGUUGUCAUACUCCUCAGCUAAAACACACCUCUUCAUGUCUGCAUAUAAAUGAACCACAGUUAAAGAAGAAGUCAGACAAAGGGAAAGAAAUCAUGAUCGGUCCAGUAAAUCUUCUUUGAUAUGACUUAAAUGGAAGUGGAGCCAUGUGCUUUCUGAUGUGUGUGAGGUUAUUUGCAGCCUCCAAAUAGACUCCAUUUCAAAUGAACCACAAUGAAAGGCCCAGACACUAUCUCUCAGUAAAUCUGAUAUUGUCUUAGUCCUUGGCCUCUCUGUCCAACCCGCCUCAAAGAAGAUAUGUAUUUGUCUUUGACUUUUAUUGCUCUGCCUCAGUCUCUGGCCCGUGCUUCAUUUGAACUGGCAAUUAUUCUUCCUCCGUUCCACCUUAUCUGAUCUUUCUCUAACCAUACGUUUCUCUGGUUUCCACUCAGUCCGUCUUUUCUCUUUUGAGUCUCUCUCCUCUGAUUUCCUCUGGCGUGCAUGCCUGCUCUCAUUUGCAUUGUCAACAUCUUAUGACAUGAGCUAUUUAAACGCUCCAGGCGCCUUGGGAGGAAGGAAAUGUGUGUGUGUGUGUGUGUGUGUGUGUGUUUAUACAUGUGAGUGAGUGUGUGUUCGUUUGAAUUGACUUGGCAGAAGGACAUGAACAGGUGACAGGCAGCGGACAUAAUCCCUCUUCUGAUGUCAGAAUUACCCAUGUGUCCAUGGGUGUGCUUUGCAUACAUGUAUGUGUGUUUAGUGUGUACAUAUGGGCGUGGGUGAUUGUGUGCAGUUCAUGCAUGAACUUGUGUGACUAUGUGUGUGUGUGUGUGUGUGUGUUGAUGAAUGUGUGACGGUGUGAGGACAUGGAGCAGCAGCCGUUGGAAUGCUCUUGUAGAGUUGAAGGGGGGUCGUCUCAUUUUCACUCUCUUUUAUGGCGCGCUCCCUCCAAAAUUUCACACCGUAUUAAGUUCAUAUUUCACCACCGCCAUGCACAGCUGGAUCCUCUACCUGUAUGUCUUCAUCCUGGCUGGACCUGUGAAGUUAUGCAUCAUCAUAUCUAGGUGAUAUGGUUACAGAGGUCUGCACGUUGCUCCCUGACAGACAAAACAGAGUUCAACCCCAGUAAUGUUAUUAAAGAAAUACAAGCUCAUUUAAAUGUGAUACCAGCAGCUACUUUCAAAACAGUCUAGACCGGGACAGUGAAACACUGGAAAAGUUGUAUGACACAUAAAAAAAAACAACUGGAAAAACAUGACUGGGCCAAUUGAGUUUAAUUUCCUGAGUGUAAAAUUGCAGAGGAUUUAAUUAUCUACAGUCCAAAGCGUUAUUAAAAGAUUCAGACCUCUCUGAGCCUGAGCCCGUAAGAGCGAAGUGGAAAACUGUUUGCCAACCGAUGAAUGCAGGUUUGACAUUCUCCUUAGAAAUCAUGGACACAGCAACCUCUAAAAAGUGCUUGUCAUCAGGCACACUUUCAAAGCCAGCAUCCCUGAUAGUAUGAGGACACGUGUUCCUGUUGCAAAGGUAGUUUCCGCUUCUGAGAAGAUUUCAUUAAUGCUUAACAAUGUAAACAGGUCUUACACCAACAAAUGCUGCCAGACAUAACACAGCAAAAGGAUGCCAAACUACACUUUGCUUGUAUUACAACAGUCUGGCUUUGUAGCAGAAGAGUCUGGGUGCCAAACUAACCUGCCCACAGGUCCAGUUUGUUUCCUAUUAAAAACACUUACUGCACAAAAACAUUAAAAAAACAGAGACUUCAAACUGUUGAGCAGGUAAGAAAGGCUGAAACCUUCAGAAACUUGAGUUCUAGAGUGUUUACACAGUGUUGAGGAUGAUACAACACAACGGUAAACAUGCUAAAACAACAACUAAAUUCUGAAUAGAAAUGUUUGUAUUAAUAUUUUGCAGAGCAUCUUCACUCUCAUGUGAUUAGGAUUGUAGACUGUUUGUUAAGGAGGAUCUGAGUGCAAAUAGAUCCUCCUCUGCUGUCUCCUUCAUAGUCUUGUUACUUUUGUGAUUUUUGUUGCAUUUAGUUCUGACUCACUUACAGUCGAGGAAUGUGGGAUGACUGGUUGAGUUUGCUGAAAGAGACACUACAGGAGAGUCGAAUCUGAGGGGGUUGGUGGUUGAAACAGUAAGGAGUAGGAGUGCCGGCAGAGCGGAGAGUCUGCUUUUUUUCUCAGGGUUGGGCUCGUGUGAGCGGUGUCUUUGCUUUAAUGGACUAUUUCAGAAAGUAGAGUCAACACUGUGAAGCCCUGCCUGACUGAUGUGGAGAAACUGGCUAUGUGUUGUGCAAUGUAAGGGCUUGCCUGAAGCCACUAUUGUCCUUGUUCACCUGUUCAUGUAAAUAUUUUCUUGUACUUACAGAGUGUAAGCCUGGUUUCUUCAAGGCUGAAGCAUCCAGUGACAAGUGUGAGCCGUGUCCUGCAAACACCCAGAGGGUUGACUCGGGGGCUUCCUCUUGUCCCUGCAUGGAUGGCUUCUACAGGGCCCUAUCAGACCCUCUAACUGGACCUUGCUCAGGUAACAAGUCCAUCCUGAGAGAAAGAAAAUUCCAUGCACACAAUCCGGUUUAGUAAAAGAAACAAAGUCCUGAAUUUUUGGACAUCCUUUGCACUAGAAUUGCAUUUUCAGGCUUUUAUUUCCAUUACAACAGCUAUUAAUUACCUUAAAGUUAUAAAGGACUCCCCACAUUAUUUCUUCCCUGCAUCAAUCUAACUUUUUUUUCUUUUUUACAUUUUCCCAUUCUGGGUCCAUUAGGCCUGCCCUCUGCCCCAGAAAACCUCAUCGCCACCACCACCCAGCUCUUCCCUGGAAAGCUCCUCCUCUCCUGGAGCCCUCCUAAAGACACCGGAGGCAGGGACGACAUCACCUACAGCAUAGAGUGCCAGCGCUGCGAGGGCACCGCGUGUCAGCCCUGUGGAGAGAAAGUCCGCUACGAACCAGCCAGCUCCGGCCUGACUGACACUAAGGUUGCAGUGAGCGAGUUGGACCCUCAUCUCAACUACACCUUCACUGUAGAGGCACAUAGCGGUGUGUCAGUGUUCGCCAGUGGGCCGAUGCCACGAGCUAAUAGACCCCCAUCCACCUCUGCUCUGACUACAUCUCUGCACUACACAGGUGAGUGCUGCUGAUAUGAGGUGGUGCAGUGAUGCUAUCUGUGCUUCAGUAAUGACAGAUGCUAUCUGUGAGGUAGGGACAGCUUUGCAAGCCCAAACGUGCUGCAGGGGUGUGAGAACUCUCCUCUUCUGUUCAUUUGUUGAAAGUGCAGCUCAGUUCAGUGAGAUUUCAACAGGCAAGUGCCUUUUUUUUACCCUCUCUCCUCAGAUCCUCCAAAGAUUACCACGAUGCGACUGGUUGAGAAGACCUCCAACAGCUUGUCUCUGUCAUGGGAUGUCUCCCCCAGACCAAGGGCCCAAAUGAGGCCUAUCCGUUAUGAGCUUACCUACCGCAAGAAGGUCAGUACUGAUGGUAGUUACUCUUUUUUUUUUUUUUUGAAGAGAGGACUUUUUCAUCUCCUGCAUGUUACCGCUUAAUGUCAAUGUAAAUGAUUGAGCUCAGAUUUUCUGCCAGUGAGCUGUCACAGUAGGUAGUUUAGUAGGUAAUGCCAUGGUGUAAUGUAAAAUCAAUGGCACUGUGAAGGCAGAGCUUUGGUACUAUGGUAGUUCUGGCUUGUACGGUAAAAAUGUUUUGAAGUGACUUAUUUUUCUUUGUCGAUUAAAGAUCAGAGAAAACGCAAAAACAGACAAAAAUGAGCUCAAUUUCUUCUUCUCAUGCUCCUUGUCCUCCUCUUCCAUCUCCCAGGAUGAUAACCUUGAUGUGACAACCUACACUGUGCUGAUACUGGAGAAGAAUUCAGUCCAGAUAAGUGAUCUGUCCCCGGGAACAGCUUACCUCUUCAGGGUGCAGGCUCUCAGCGCCGACGGCAGCCCAGGAGGCUCCAGCAUGGAGGAACAGUUUGAGACCUCGCUAAGUGGUACGGGAAGAACCUUCAAGAAAUUGGUCGAACAAAUGUUUUAGUCUUUUCUCACGUGUGUCUAUCUUCUGUUGUCUUUACUUUUCCAGAACGCCUUCCAAACAGCAACACAGCGCUGAUCUUCUGUGUGGCGAUUGGAGGAGCAGUCAUGAUGUUCAUCGUGUUUGUGGUCCUGUUCCUUCGCAGACGGUGUGUAUAGCUCCCCUCUUCACUGUUUUCACACAUGCGCUGAGCUCCGGGAAAUCUGGGGGAAUUUUGCAAGUGGGAACACAAGAGAUGAUUUUUAUCUUACCCCAACUUUCCCACCAGCCCCCCUAAAUUUACGCAUUAGGUCUGCAAAGUCAUGAAACUAGAGAACAGUCUGUGUAAUCUUUAAACACCACCAUAUUAUUUCUGCUCAUUUGUUGAUUGACCUUGAUUACAUUUGGCACUGAUACAAAGGCAAAAAAGUUAUCUUAGUCUCAGUCUAAUGUCUUUUAACAUCAUUUCCUGCUCCUGUACACUUCCACUCUUCCUAGUGUUUAUUCAAUUGCGACAUGUUUGCAUAAACAACAUUGGGGAUUUCAGGGGAAGGCUGUCCUGAAAUUUUUAGGAGUGCAUGUGUGAAAAAGGACUCAUGUCUAUCUGUUAGUCCAUCCUGUCGAUCCACCAGAGUUGCCUUGCUUCACCAGCUUCCUCUCUCAUUCUUCUGCCUUUCCUUUGUGGGGCCUCCAAAUGGCCUCUGCAUUCAGUCUCUCCUCACCUCUCUCUUUCUCUUUCCCUUUAGCCAACUUUCUCUUUCUCUUUAUCUGGAUCUGUGUCCCAGCACUCACUAGGGAAGAAUUUGCGUUGAAUGCGCCUUGUCAUUGCUCAAUGGUUAUUUUCUAGUAAGUGUUGGGGCCUUUGAAAGGAAAUUGGUCCAGGGUGGUGCAUUGUUGGAGAUAAGAGGCGCUUGGUUUCUUUCUGUGUCAGACUGCAGGCACUUUGUAGAGGUGACCCGAGCCUGCACUGAAGCAGACUGCAGCCCGUCUGUCCACCUCCCUCCUGCCUGCUUGUCUCUCUUUCAGUCUUUAAAAUCGGCUCAGCAAACACAGUCUAUCGUCAGCCUUUCUCAAAAGACUGCUUAUGUUUGAAAGGCUGAUUGCACCAGUGUCGGGUCCUUUUGAAAGCCUCAGAACGUCUUGAAAAAUGGCUACAAAAGGUUGCUAUGUGCUAUUGAUAUUAAAGCAGGCAAAUCAUUACAAGAUAAAGAGCAUUUGUAUUAUUGAGGCUGGUGUUGAUUUCCACAUGGGUUAUAUCUUUUUCUACAGGAAGAGAAAUUCUCACACCAGGCAAGGACCAGAAGACACCUACUUCUCAAGCUCAGGUAAAGAGAUCAUCUCUCUUUUCCCCAUGUUUUAUAAUCAAGUAUAUUUUUUAGUGUCAUCAGUGUCAGAAAAAGUCUAAAUGUCAAAUUUCAAAGUAAGUGUAAAAAUUGUAAGAGUAUGAGGUUUGAGAAAAUUGUCAUAGAUAUUUUUGAGGGAUAGAGUUAUAUGAGUACGUGUUGGGAAAGUGCUGGCCCGUACAAUAUUACAGUAACUAAUAUGAUAUCAGGAAACAAAAAGGUGUAGUUUAAUGACCUUGGCUCAGAUAAAACUGAUGUGAUCUUCCCUUCCUUGCUAGUUUCUCAUGAAUUAUGACUCAUAGGUAACUUGUUGGUGUGGUUUGAGGCAAUUCUUUACCAUCAGUAUACCGUCCAGUUAAAUCCAAAUUAUAUGCCAUUGUCUGAGCAAAUAUCCCAAAGUUCAAUUGUUUUUCAUUCCAGGCCAAUUAUUUGUUUGAAACCAUUUAGAAUUUAUAGGAAAGCCAUUGGUUACUUUAUUUUUGAAUACUGAAAGAAGAUUACUAUCAUCUGCGAAUGAUUGUGUUUGACAGUAAUGCAAGUUUGUUCAAUGUAAAUCCAGAACAAAAUGGUCCUAAAAUGGAACCCUGUGGUACCCCAUAUUAUAUCACAGCUCUCUCAGGCUCCACAUAAACCAUUUGCAUCAACACACUACUUUUUAUUACAAACAUAAUUAUUGAACCACUUCAAAACAAUGUCAUGAAAUCCAUAUUGAUACAAUUAAACAAGUGAAAAGUCAUUAUAAAUAGCAUCAAUUGCUAUAGUUUUCUCAAUUGGUUCUUCAUUUGUUUAAGUAAAUAUGUCAUUUUGUUUUUCUUACAGAGCAAUUAAAACCUUUAAAGACCUACGUGGAUCCACACACAUACGAGGACCCUAACACCGCCGUCCUGAAGUUUGCGACUGAAAUCCACCCCAGCCACAUAACCAAACAGAAAGUCAUUGGAGCUGGUGAGUGACAACCCCUCUGAGACAAUCUGCUGUGGGGCUUAACUCUGAGAUGUUGAAAGAUUUUUCCAAUCCUCAAAUUCACUGUUUAUAUUGUGCAUUUUCUCCACCUUAAAAGGCUGACUGACAGUGGUUACUUAAGUGAGAUUAACAUCCAGCUGACUGAGCUCUCAUACAACAAGUUGAGACAUUUGUUGUUAGGCAGGUCUUGGCUAUGAGAUCCAUGCUUUUUGGCUUGAGUUGACGAACAAGAACACAGAGAAAGUGUCACAGAAACAGUGUCUUGGAAGGAUAUCAGGGCACCUUCCUGGUCCCGGCCCAGAUCGUUCAUUAAAGGUUUAUUCAAGUGUGACAACCUUUACCCUUUGAACCGACCGUCUAUUUUCUACAUACACCCCUUCCCUAGUUCCCACGACCAUGCCCCCCCUUUUUUCUCCUCAUGUGACAGCUGAUUCCCAUGCCUCCACACCACAGGCCAUCCACUAAUUAAACGAAAUAGACUCUCUCUCAACACCCAGCCAGAACACACCUCAGUGAGGGAGCCUCAGGCAAAACAGCCGCAGACUUCCUUCUUUUCACGCUUUAGCACAAGAAUCCCCUGCAGCCAGAAACCUGAGAACUAUAUCAAACACAUAUUUGUAUUAUAUCUCCUUCAGUUGUCUUACUGAUGUUGUUGUCUUCCUCCAGGGGAGUUUGGUGAGGUGUAUCGUGGUAUCCUGAAGGUGCCAGGGAGGAAAGAGGUGGCAGUGGCUAUUAAGACGCUGAAGCCUGGCUACACAGAGAAACAGAGACAGGACUUUCUGAGUGAGGCCUCCAUCAUGGGCCAGUUCUCCCACCAGAACAUCAUCCGCCUGGAGGGGGUGGUGACCAAAUGUAAGGACUACUGUGAGUUUGGCGGCCUUUUUUUUUUACUUCACACAAUAAUCUUUCCAUGCCUAUUUGGCCUGAUUAUUUGUAAUUUAAUGUGCUUUUAUAUGUUGUGCUUACAGUCAAACAUGCAAUGAUCGUGACUGAGUUUAUGGAGAACGGAGCAUUGGACCGAUACCUCAGGGUAAGUUUGGAGAACACCAUUUCUUGCAGAAAUAACUGUUGAUAGCAAUCAAAGCUCCCAUUCCCUCCCUGGUUACAAAACUUACAAAAUCUUUGGUUAUUUUUCCAUAAUCAGGAUCAUGAUGGCGAGCUUGGCUCUUUCCAACUGGUGGGCAUGCUUCGUGGCAUUGCUGCAGGUAUGAAGUACCUCUCCGAUAUGAGCUAUGUCCAUCGGGACUUAGCUGCUCGCAACAUCCUUGUCAACAACAGCCUGGAGUGCAAAGUGUCGGACUUCGGCCUGUCCAGGGUGCUGGAGGAUGAUCCUGAGGGGACCUACACCACGAGUGUGAGUUUUGGCUCGAUCACCAAGUGCAGCAAAGUGAUGAAAAAUUAGCUAUGUUAGAUUUAGGUUGUUGGCUCUUGCUUUGUUUCUUCUGUCUCUAACGUAAAGCUUUUUAAUGCCUAAACAGGGAGGAAAGAUUCCCAUCCGCUGGACUGCUCCAGAGGCAAUAGCAUACAGGAAGUUCACCUCUGCUAGUGAUGUGUGGAGUUUCGGCAUUGUCAUGUGGGAAGUUAUGGCCUUUGGAGAGAGGCCGUACUGGGACAUGAGCAACCAUGAGGUAAUUUUUAGUAUUUACAUCAAGUUGCACAUUUAUUUUUCUGCCAGUCAGAGUAGAUCUAAUAGGUCUUUUGAAAAUGUCUUUGCAGGUGAUGAAAGCUAUCAAUGAGGCCUUUAGACUGCCGGCGCCGAUGGACUGUCCCUCAGCCGUUUAUCAGCUGAUGCUGCAGUGCUGGCUCCAGGAUCGCUCCAAAAGGCCGCGCUUUGGAGACAUAGUCAGUCUGCUGGACAAGCUGCUGAGGAGCCCGGACUCCCUGAAGACCAUUGCAGACUUUGACCCACGGUAAGGUUUAUUUGCAUAGCAGAUAAAGAGUCUCAAAUGCAUAUUUUUCCAGCGAUAACUAUUUAAUAUCUGCCAAUAUCAGCAAUAAUUUAGUGGAAACAACCCUGUAGCCAAAACUUUGACAAAUUUCUGAAAUGUACCGGCUUUAGACAGAUUUCCCCCAAAUGCUGACGUCUUGUGUUCUCACACGCUCCUUUCCUGGUGGUUGUUAUCUAUUUCUAAUCUUGAUUUUUCUAUCUAUAUGGUGCUUUUUUAAUCAUGGAAGUCUGACAACCAGUACUCUGAGACAUGCAAUCUUUUCAAAGGUAGUUUUAUGUCAAAUUGGAAAGAUACCUUUGCAGUACAUGAGCAUUUUCUUGGUAUUCUUGAUAUAAGUGCCUGUGUUUUCUGUGUUUUCUGUGUUUUCUGUGUUUUGACGGCUUAACCUGUGGCUUAAAUGCCUUGUGUGGCCUGCACUUGGUAUUUUUAUGACUUAAUCUGAGCAAUGUUCAAACUCCUACUCUGCUCAACUGGAAUACACUUUAAGGUCCCAUGUAAUGAAAAUCACACUUUUUCUUGUUCAUAAAAACACUGCAUAUACUUAAGUCAUCCUCUGGUCUAGCCACCUGAGGAUGUAGACGUGGAAAAGCCUCUGCAUUGUUUCUUUCGCCCACCUACUGUGAAAACAUAGCCUUUACAAGAUGAUCUGAAUUGUCUCCUGUAGUGACAUAACAACAGGAGGGGUCUGCACAGGCAUGCAUACAAACCCACUUCUACUCCUGCAGCAGCCCCCCCUUCUGAAAUACUGUCGUGGUUUUACUUCAGUCUUGCAGAGCCAUGAUGUCAAAGGUUAAAGCCAGUCAAGCCAACUCACCUGCUGUUAAAACCAAUACAAAGGUCUGUAGUCUGUCUCAUUUCAACAAUUCAAUAAAGGUCUGACCAGAUAAAGCUGCACGCAAAAGGCAAGAAAUUUGUAGUAACCCUCAAAUUUUUGCGUAUCACUCAGAGACCUGCUAUUGUGACUGUAGCUGCAACACUUGAACAUUUGCCUUGUUGAAAAAUUUGAAUCAUAUGUAAAGUCGACUGGUGUAUGUUCUUCUGGCAGCAUUUACCAUUUCUGUCCCUUCAGACAACAUUCAUGCAACCAAGCAGUGCAGGGCCCCAUCUGUGGCAUCUACCCUCUCAGAUUCAUGCAUAAUUGGUUUUGAAACUGAGCGGCUGCAGAUCUUCCACAAAUGCUGAAGUUGUGAUGUCUUUUAGUAGGUGAAUUCAAAAUCUUGCUCUAAAUCAUGUUGUAAACCGCUAAAAUUGCCAUCAUAUGAGACUUUUAAAAUGGAUUUUAAAAGUUGUUGGUCAUGAGAUCAAAGCUGCUAAAGCUUGCCUUCAUGCAAACUUGUCUUGAAUGACUAAAGUCUUGACCUUUGCAAGUCUAUGAAGUCACAUACUUCAGAAACAGCUUCUGCAGCAGCAGCCUCCCUUUAAUGAAGUUAUAAAGAGGCUGGGUGUUAAGGGUUGUUCAGGGAAGAAAAGGAAUGGCUUUAAGAUGUUCUCCUUAAACCAUUAAAAGGAUACACUGACACUUUGCCUGCCAAGCUAAUGAAAGAAAUGUGUGUGCACUCCUGGCAGGAGAUUACAAAGCCCUGUUGUGUGCGAUUAGGUGCUUGAAUGCAUAUUUUCCCUUUUGUGAAGAAGCAUUAGAGCCAGAAACACUGAGAAAGGACAAAGACUGUCAUGCACGCAUCUCGAUUGGUUUUCACCCUGACUGCUCCAACUGGUUUUUAUCACCAACUGGUUUCCUCCACAGUAAUUACAGACCUCAGUCAUCUGCCUUUGUUGUGGGAAAGCCUGUUGAUUAUUAUCGUUUGGAUCUACUUGUCUUUCUUACAGUGUAUCCAUCCGCCUGCCGAGCACCAGCGGCUCGGACGGUUCCCCCUUCAGGUCGGUGUCUGAGUGGCUGGAGUCCAUCAAGAUGAGCCAGUACAGCGAGAACUUCGCCUGCGCUGGAGUCAUCACGAUGGAUCAGGUCCUACAGAUGAAGAACGAGUAAGUAAACUUGAUUUCAAGACAUUUGAAGCUCUAAUUUGUUUAAAACAGAAUGUCAGGGGCAGAGAAAAUUAACAUUUCUGAGGCACAUCAUGCCCUGGUUGUAAAAAAAUCAAAAUAAAGAGCCAAGUUUUUCACCCUUGAAUGCGUUUAUUAUGAGCUCUUGCCUAGUAAAUUAUGAUUGUUUCUCUAAAACAAUGUUGCCGGCAGAAUAGUUUGCGCACAAUAUAAUCUCAACCUCAGUUACAACUUGAGAAAUGUUUCGAGAUGGAAAAAGUAAUGGAGGGAAGGAGAAGGAGUGGGCUCAUUUGUGGUAGACUGGCGGUGAUGGCUUGUGGUCGCUACAGUCCUUAUUCCUCUCUUCCUCCUCCAUGCUUUCUCUCAUCCCUCUUUCCCACGUACACACUGGCAGCACUUUUGCUUGAGCCCCGAAAAACCACCAGUCCUGCCUGUUAAGGGCAAAGGCCCCUUGUGGCUUUCUUUAACAUUAAAGGAGGGAAGGAAGAAGAGAGCAUUCCCCGUGGAGCAGGAGCAACUAAAGGAGAUUAAGGAGCUGAAAUAGAUUGACGACAUUUCAAGCCCUGUAGUCGGUACGUUUGUUCUUUGAGAAAGAUUGAAGAGGUGUGCUCAGAAUGUCCCGCUGAACUUCUCACAAGGGUAGUUUAAGGCAAUUGGAUCGUCUUAGAUGUGUAGGCUUGCUAAGGGGUUAGGGUUAGGAUUGCUAAGGGGGCAAUUUGGUGAAAUAGACUCGACCUUAAGGGGGAAAAAAGGCUCAGGAAAACUCACAACAUAAGGAUUCUUUUGGGGCAAUAACGAGGGCCAGAGCUUUUUCUAACCGCAUGACCGACUGAAAGUCUCCCCUUCUCUUCAUGGUAUACUUAUCUCAGCUGGUCUUCCUCAUGAUUUGGGUAGAUGGGCACAGUUUAAAGCAGGCAGACAACCUUUUUGAAGUAUUUGUCAUAGAGAAUGGUGUGAUUUCAUGGCCCCAUGUUUCCAUCCAAGGGCAUCUGGUAGCACUCUUGGAAAAAACCAGCAGUUAUUUACGACGCUGCCUCUGCUUGCCAGACGAGUGAUUCAUGGUCAACUGGGAGAAUCCUCAUUAAGUAAUUAAGGCUGUAAUUAAGACUUGGGCUCUUGGCUGCUGUGUUGCAUGAACUUUGCAGAUCUUGAAACCUCUGUAUCAUCAUUUUAAUUAUGAAGAUGUUCAAGGAAAUCUCAGUAGAUUAUUUGCCUGGCACUUAACCAGCUCUUCUGAACCGGUUUAGUGAUCAAGCUAGACAAGAAAGGAGUCACCUGGCUCUUUGUCACACUGGAUGACUGACGGAUUACUACAAAGCAUGAGAAACAGGAAGGAUGUGCUUGCAAGGUGUUGGACGGAAGCCAAAGUGUAAACCCAGAUGCAGCUCUCUCAAAUGCUGUCAUGUCUCUCUCUCUUUUACAGGGAUAUAAAGAACAUUGGGGUGAGACUACCCGGCCAUUUGAAAAGAAUCGCCUACAGCAUCCUGGGUUUGAAGGACCAGACCAGCACUCUUAGUGUGUUUGCAGUGUGAUCCUCGACUCUUAAGGGAAUUACAUUCAGGCUUUGAAGCAACCGGCCCUUUGGACUCUAAGCAGAGCUGAGGCGAUACUGCAGGGGCGGCUGUGGAUCAGCAGGACCAACAGAACUGUGCCAUUUUUGGGCGGACUGAAUCACAAAAACCAUCUGUAUAUUUUUUGAUUUCUUCAUCUUAUUCACACGGGAAAUAAGCAAAACAUACAAAAAUAGAUGUAUUGAGUAGACUUUGUAUAUUUAGAUAUCUAUUUUUACUAUCCUUGUCUUCUGUACAGAUACGAUUCAUUGCUCAUUAUCUUUCUUCAUUUCACAUUCCUGCUUUUUAAAAAUCAACAAUCCAGCUAGCCCUGGAAACAGCUUCAGCUUUACAACUUUGCACCCUGAGCUCGCUGCAUUCAGUUUCCAUUAAACAAAAGAGGCACAGUCGCUGUGAUAAUACAGGGAAUCAGCAGAGUCCCGCCCUGGCUCAGGUUGUGGUUGGUGCUGAUGUCACAGCGUCUCCUGUUAAUUGGCACUUUGGCCCUCUUCCUGUUAGAACAAUAAGGAUGAAGCUGUGCGAGGGCUGAGAUUAGCUUGAGCUGGCCCAAAGUUAGGAGAGACUGUGUUGCUUAGAUGUGUAAACACAGAUGGGCCAGGUGUUGUUUCCGGCUUUCUGCAGGGUCCGUGCCGAAAUUAAGCUAUAAUCAUGUAAGUAAUUUUAUAUGAGAAAAGAGAGCAUUUAUAUUAGGUACUCAGUUUGUACAGGUUCAAUUGUUUUUGUGCGUGUUUGGACAAUUACUCAAACAUUGGGAUUCAAUUUUAUAAUGUAGCACUUGGAUAUAGAAUCUCACUGUCUUUGAUUGUCUUUGAAUUGCGUUUUCAAAUCACAUGAAAUCCUGAACAAAAUUCAAUGUUGUUAAAGUGAUAAUGUGUGAAUGAAACAAGUUUUAGCAUCGGAGUUUGUAGCAAGAAGAGGGUGAAGUUUGUCAAAAUACAACUGGCCCUUGCCAGAACAAAAAGGAUUGAAUGGUGAGUUGUGGUUGAGAUGAUUUCAUACUUAAUAAUAGUUGGGUUUGCAAUUUCAAUGUCUCAUUAAUUUUGUGGAAGCUAUACAAAUAUCCAUUAUUAUUUUUGUGGGUUUGAGCAACUCGUUGAUGGGAUGAAACUAUACACUUUGACAAUUUAGAGCUUGACUUGUUCCAGACAUGUAGACACAUUUAAAGAUACCUGAUUGUGGAACAGUAGAGGGGUUUAGUUUUGUGUGUUUUUAAAGAAGGGGCUCCCCAGUGUAAUAGAAAGUGUGUAUAGUGGACAAUUUCUCCAGUGCUCUUGAUUGAUGACUGCAAAUCAACGUGUUACUGAUGUACACCUUCCUUUACUUGAAUUUUGACUGUAUUUUCAAAUGUAUCUCUGAUUCUGUUGUAGCGGAUAGAUCCGUCUUUGUAAAAGGGAUUUCUUUUGUCAUUACUCUGGUUUACUGGUUGCGAUUACCUUUUUUUACAUUUUGUAUGAUUUCACUCUGUACCAUAAUACCAAACUGAUUAUUUUUCUAUGAGUCACCAUCACUCUCAAAAGCAACGUCUCCUACUUUUGCUGCCUUUCCAAACAUUUUGAGAGUGCCUUCAACAACUCCUUCCUUAUUGCCUGUUGUUUUAUACUGUAUUUAAUAGCCUAUUUAUUUUUUACUUUUAUUUAUUUAUGCUGAUAAACACUGAGCUGGGAUUUUAAUUGAAGGUUGUUCUCUCAUUCUCAAUAAAUUUAAAAAAAAGCUCAAA